CCCCGCGCUCAGAGCCAUCCGAUGGAGGAGGUGGUGGCCAUGUUGUAGCGGGGAACAGUGAACCCGAGGAGGAACGCUGUUUGAGACGUUUGCUGUUUAGCCGGUACUGUUAACCACACGGUUCCGAGGGACCGUCCGUUCUGUUUCCUGGCAGGAUUGCCGAGCUGUAGAAGACACCAUGAGCGGCGGGACGCCCUACCUCGGCAGCAAAAUCAGCCUCAUUUCGAAGGCCGAGAUUCGCUAUGAAGGGAUCCUGUACACCAUCGACACCGAGAACUCCACCGUCGCACUGGCUAAAGUUCGGUCCUUUGGCACAGAGGACCGCCCCACCGACAGACCCAUCCCUCCUCGAGACGACACCUUCGAGUACAUCAUCUUCAGAGGCAGCGACAUCAAGGACCUGACUGUGUGUGAGCCGCCCAAACCGACAUGCUCUCUUCCUCAGGACCCUGCGAUUGUCCAGUCGUCCAUGGGCUCCGGCUCCUCGUCUUCUGCCGCCGCUGCCCCGACCCCGUUCCAGUCUGCUGGUUCCUACGGACUCUUCAACCGGGCCCCAGUUCCACCCUACAACCAGUUCAGCACCAGCCCUCUGGUUUCCCCUCAGUUUGGAGCCGUCGGCGUCGGACGAUCAGUUCCCUCCUUUGUGAGCGACACAGGCACAGCCUCGACCCCGUCUCAGAGCAGUGCUGUUGGCUCUGCUCUCCCCUCUGACUCUCGGUCUCUGGGUACCCUUGUAACUGAAGGCCGCAGCAGCCCCAGCCUGGAUCCUUUGAGGAAGAGCCCCACCCUGGAGCAGGUGAUCCAGACAGCUCCGUCGGCCCCGGCCUCUGCCACCGCAGCCCCGGCCCCCGGCCUGGGGCGUAGGAGCCCCACCCAUGGGCGUACAGCCCCCCCAACCACCGGGCAGAGCAGCCAGAAGGUCCAGCACCAGGACGGCUUGGAUGCAAGGAGGGGUGAGACUGUGAGGGGAGGCCGCAGCAGCCAGGGCUGGUCUGCACCCCGAACCAUCUCCGCCUCUCACAUCACUGCUGUAGAUAGGGCUCCCACUGCAGGGCUUACUCACUCUAUCUUUAGCCACUCAGGCACAGACGUCCAGAAAGUCCCCAAACCAGAGUCUGAGCAGGCACGAGGUGAAGGCAGGGAUACCAGUAAACGUUCCACAGCAGCUGCUGGUGCGCUGGCUAACCGUCGCGGACGAGGGGGCGGUCACCGCGGCAGAGGGCGCUUCAACGUUCGCCGAGACGGACCGAUGAAGUUCGAGAAAGACUUUGACUUUGAGAGCGCCAACGCCCAGUUCAACAAGGAGGAGAUCGACCGGGAGUUUCAGAGCAAGCUGAAGCUGAAAGAUGAGAAGACUGAGAAGUCAGAGAAGACGGUGAAUGGAGAGGACAAAGGCGACUCCGGAGUGGAAACUCAGAACAGCGAGGGCAAUGCUGAGGAGGAGUGUGACCCUCUCGGCCCCAACUGCUACUACGACAAGUCCAAGUCCUUCUUUGACAACAUCUCCUGUGACGAUACCAGGAAAGCAAAUGACAAGUCUGGAGGCUCAGGUUUCCCACGGGAGCGGAGGCAGACCUGGGCGGAGGAGAGGAGGAUGAACGCUGAAACGUUCGGUAUCCCUCUGCGUCAGAGCCGAGGCCGCGGAGGUUACCGUGGACGCGGCGGCAUGGGCUUCCGUGGAGGCCGAGGGCGCCCAGCUAGCCGGGGAUCCUUCGGGCCGCCGCAGGGAGGCGGCGGCUUCAGGGGAGGAUACAGAGGAAACCAGGCCGGCCGGGAGUUUGCCGACUUAUCAGCAUACAGGAAGGACAACAAAGUGGCUGCGUAGUCCCAGUGGGAGGAAGAUCCUGCAGAGAGGUGGAACUUCUUCACACACAGUGGGAAACAGUUCUGUCGACUAAAAUAAUGAAGAUUGUCUACUAGUUGUAAAUUUGUCACCAGCACUGGGGUAGACUGCUUGAAUGCAACCUAACUUUCCAUAUCUUUCAACGGUGGAAACAACAACAACAACAACGCAGUUUAUCACAAAAACCAUUUUUUUAAAAAUCCCAGAUCUCUACAAAAUAAUUUCCAGGUGGCUGAAAGGAUUAUGUGUAAAUGUCAUAUUUCAGAGGGGUGGGUUUGUUUUGGGAUGAUUUAUCUGCCGGCCCCUUUCCUAAACCUGUGUUUGAUAAUACACACGAGUUACUGUGAUGCUCACUGACAUAGCUUUAUCUGGGGAGGUGGGUACAGUACAUCCUGUAAUUCUGGAACUUCAGCACACAGCCACAGGGUCUCAGUCACACCUUUCUAACAUGUAUUUUUCUACUGUUACAUAGACUUUCCUCCCCUGAUCUCAGCCCGCUCCCUGUCGCACCUCUCACACCUGUGUUCAGUCGCAGUGCUCUUGACUUUCGCCUCUCACCUAAAAUCUUCUCACGUUUCAGCUGCAGCUUUGUUUUUCAGCUGAGUGUUUACUUACACGUAGGUUUGAUAAAACCCGAGAUGUUUCCUCUGGAGCUCGGAGGAAAAUCAGUCUGCUGCUAUUUUCGUUAUCAGCUAAUCGUAAAGUAAUUUUUCAGUCAGAAUGCUUCGUUGGUUCUUAAAUGUAAAAACAGCUGAAUAUAUUUGGGUCGUGGACAAAACAUUCAGUGCAGAGGACACUGUGACAGGCUUUUGUCACUUUUCUGACGCCGUAUCGAUCAGAUUAAUUGAUAAUGAGAAUAAUGGUCUUCUUCAUUCACCGUGUCACUCUCCAGUUUCGGUGUAGGGAGCCCGGUGGUUUUACUCUGCUGGUUUUGUGCUCGUGUUUCUGGCUCCGGGGCACAGAUGGAUCAUAGCUUAAACUCCGUUUGCUUUCUUAUCUUUUCCACGUAUUUUUCUGUGUCUUUCUUCGUCCGUGCGCCGCUGCUGCUCGUGUGACUCGAACUUUGAGGUGACAGUUAGAGCUGCAGCUGAAUCUUCGUAGAUGAGGGUAAAAUCUCUAUUUACUGGCUUUUAGCUUAAAGCUUAUAUGGACAUGGAAGAUUUAAAAUGUCUGUGCUAACAGUUUGAAUGCACUCUGCGUUGUUACACAGCUGGAACAGCCAGUUCAUGGAUUAGUCGAUCAACAGUGAAUCUGUGCCAGAUGUUGUGAUUCCAGCUGCUCAGAGGGCGGGACUUCCUGCUUCUCUUCGUCUUACACAUGUCAAUGAAUUGUUUUUGGUAUUUGAACCUUUGGUCAAACUCAGCUCAGCUCUCUUUGAUGUUUCAUGCACUAAACAAUGAACAGAUGAACUGAAAGAAUAUUCAGCACAUUAAUCAAUAAUGAAAUAAUGUAGCCUGCAGCCCUACCUGAGCACAGGUAACAUGUGUGUCCUUUUCAUGUCUGCAUUUAAUUUCUCAUAAAUCAAUGAAAAGCAUUGAUCUAUUUAUUUAACAGUACUUCUCGUUUUGUCUUUAAUAACUCAGUGAAUUGUUUUUACAUAAAAAUCAAAUCACAGGAACACAGUGGAGUGGUGUUUGUCUCAGUGGUGUCCAGCAGGGGGCAGCACACACACAGCAGGUGAGAGGAGCUGUGGCUUGGUUCAGGUGGACAGAUGGACACUCGGUGAAAAUCCAAUCUGUCUCCUACUAAAGACCAGAAACUAAAAAUUUACUUUUAUCAUCUAGUUUCUCUGAAUCCUGACACUUCAGCCGCAGACAUUCAAAGGACACACGUGUAACACCGCGUGUCUCAGCUUUCGCUUCAUUACUUUGAUUGACUUGUUAUAAUUCAGGCGUUUUAAAUCUUCCACAGCUGAGGGCGUUUUUCUGAGAAGCUGUUAGAGAUCUUAUGAUUCUUCCAUAGCGUUUGUACAUGUAGUCGUUUGUCAGGCUGCGUCAUGAAACACACUAAUUUCCACGGCUCUGAACUGAGCAUCUAUGACUGUAACACGCUCACAGGUCUCAUUUUAUCCACCUGUUACAGUAAAACUCCACGUUCACCUUUAAAAACUAACUCAACCUGAAGCCACUAACUGUCCCGUGGCGCUGCAUGGUGGUCGACAGCCCGCUAAAGCUGCAGGACUUGAUGUCAACUAUAACUAGACAAUAAAAGACUAGAAAACCGAGCUAGCUCUCUGGGUGUAGCAACAUAGUUUCCUAGCAAUAUACAUACUUAUUUUUUAGGUUGAGAAGGAAUUGGUGUGGUGAAGUAUGACGGAAUAAUCUGACACCGUCUCGGCCUGGCACUUACAAACUCCAUCUGAUUUUGCAGGAAAUGUGAAGAGUUGCACUUUGAAGUUGGUGAGUUGCUGUUUUCUUAGACUCUGUUCUGCUAAUAAAGAGUCUGUAAAGUUGUCAUGA